GUCACUAUAUACAGGGUCAAAUGUGUGAUUUUUACAUUAGUUCUUUUACUUGAAGCAACUGAAAACAUGACCGCCUUCAAACUAGAGCUGCUCUUCCUCACCGCCCUGCUGGGUAUUCUGGGUUCAGUCAAAACAAGGUCUGUUGAUGCAGCAGGCUUGAAGAAUGUCCCGAAGGGUGUAGAUGACACUGUGACAGGUGACAUGUGUCAGGACUGCACUCAAAUUUUUGAGCUCCUGAAAGACCUUGUUUCCAAUAUUGAUUUUCAGGAGAAACAGACUGAGGCCAGAUUAAUUGCAACCUUUGAACAAGCGUGUGAUAGUUUGCCUCCUAAAUUUGCUCCAAUCUGCCACAAUCAAGUGGACAAGAUUCUUCCUCUGGCCAUGACCUUCAUCACCAACUUCAUGAAUCCCUCUGAAAUCUGUACUUAUCUUGGACUGUGUGGAGGCCAUGACAGUGGCAAGAUUAAAGACCUGCUGCUUAAUCAUAUGUCGAAGACUGGAACAAUGCCAACUAUGAAGAUGGAGUCGUCUGUCCAGUGCUCUGUUUGCACAUACAUCGUCAGCACCCUUGGCUUUCUGUUCCCCAAAGAGAGGACUCAGAACAUCAUAACUGUCCUGCUUGAGAGUUUAUGCAAGGAGUUUCCUCCUCUGGUUCAGCCACAGUGCAAUAAGUUGGUUGGAAAAUACGUCCAGAUGUUGGUUGACAUGCUGCUAAACAACACCUCUCCUAACUUCAUAUGCACUCUGCUCCGUCUUUGUGAAAUAUCUGAGCGUCAGAUCAACACAGUUCCUGCACUUUCUAACUGCGAUUCCUGUCUUACACUGGCGGUUCUUACUCAAAUGCAUCUGGGCUCCAAUGCCACUGAGCGCCAGGCUGCUUCUUUCCUGGACACUGUCUGCCAGAUCAACCCCAGCGCCAUGCCAAAGUGUGAGACUUACAUUCAGCGUAAUGGAAAACAGCUCAGUCUGUUUCUGAGCAAACAGCAGGGGGCGCUGGACACUUGCAAGAGUGCAAAUUUGUGCCCUUCUGAUGAUAAGGAUUCUGUGAUUUCCGCUGACCCCUGUAGUCUCGGACCAAAAUACAGCUGCAGAGACCUCCAGACUGCUGUCAAGUGUGAGGCAGUUUCCUUCUGCCAGAAGAAUGUGUGGGCAUGAAUCUGUUUCAGCUGUGCUUACUAGAGAAACAGAGUCUUUCCAGCGUGUGUGUUCUAACAGCAUCUUUGCAUUAAUAAUGUAACCCUUCUGAAAGGCUGAUGGACUCAUUGGACCAACUCUACCAUCCCCCGCCCCACCCCUCCCUUGCUGAUUUUUUUUUUUUUUUGUUAUAUAUUUUUCCGUGUUGAAAAUAAGGGUCACAAGACAUAGGCUUUGAUAAGAUCUUCAGCAAAUAAGAUACAUAAAACAUUCUGGGGCAAUUGCUAUUUUAACAAAAAGCAAUACUGUUUCUUGAGCAACAUCAUUGAUCUUGCGAUACAUUAUCAGCUUUCAGUCGCUUGUGCAAGCUUUUAAGAAAGGUCUAUUCAAAGAUCAUUUACAAUAAUAUCUUGAAUUUGAAUAAUAGUUUUGGGGGUGUGUAAACAUUUGAGCAGAGAUAUUGUAAGUUUUUAAUCGAACAAAAUUAUGUAUAUUGUAAAAGUAUAUUUACAAUGGUGGUGCAGGAAUGACGUCAAAUAUUUUUUGUCAACAUAUGGGAAUUAAUGUCGUGCUAAACAUAACCCUAUGAUACUUUGUUUUGCUCAGCGCUAAGAAAGCAUUUGAUCACAGGAAUGUUUGUACAGACUCUGCAAUUUACCGUCACGGCGAUAUAUAAUAAACCAUAGGUCUCAAACUGGAUUCCUGGAGGGCCGCAGUGCUGUUUUGCUCCAACCCUAAUCAAACAUAGCUGUUCCAACUAAUCAAGGUGUUCAAAACUACUAAAAACUAUUAAGCAGGUGUGAGUUGGAGCUGGUUGAAGCUAAACUAUGCAGUUGUGGGCCUCCGGGAAUUGAGUUUGAGACCACUGUUAAAAAAAAAACAUUGCACUACUAUUAUUCUUUAUUUUAUAAAAAAGAGCAGCUGAGUGCAUGUAGAAAUCACAUCAUGACACUUUCCUAAAAAACAUUGAAUGCUUCUAGUCUUCAACCAGUCCUGUAAUUGGCAUCUCAAAUUGGCAAUAAACUACAGCCUAAAAAUAAAUGUUAUGCAUUUACCCCCACUUAACCAAAAUCUGUCUUUUUUUGUUGAGCUGCUUUGAGUUAUGAUUAUGCUGUAAACUGGAAGCCAUUGCAUUUUUCCCCUAAUGUCAGUGACCAGAACUUCUUUAUAUCAUUAUUUUGUGUUCAACAAAACAAAAAGAAAGGUUCAGGCCCAAUUUAAGGUGAUUCAAAUUUUCUUGCACAAGUUAAUGACAUUAGACAUGGUCUAAAUCUACAACUAAACUGUCUUUAAUAUUUGAUCAGCUGUCCUUUAGGAACACCAGUAUAACUGAUCAAUUUAACAUUAGGGCAUUUGGUGGCCACAGAAUAUCUCACUGAUAUACAACUCACUGGUUUUGCUUUUUAAAAAUGACUCGUCGUCUUGAAUAUCUCAUUUGGCAUUAUCAACGCAUGUCUUUUUUUCAUAAAUUCUGCAUUUACUUUGUUUGAAUCAAUAAACAACUGCUUUAAGCUGUGAA